AAAAGCUCGUCGGGAAAUACACCCUGCAGUGUCAAGGACUAUUCACUGUCGUUGUUGUCAGCAAAGGCACAACGGAAUGUUUCUAAAACCUGAAAACCUGACAUUAUUGACUAAAUGCCUCCGAACACCCAUGUGAAAUAUGUUUCACUCGGACUAUGGGGACUCCUGCUCCAGUGUCAUUACCUGCACCGUGUCCUGCACUGGGUCCCAUAGUUUGGGUCCUGGUGUCCACCAUCUGAACUAAACCCCCCCCCGCAUCCUUACCCAGCCAAGCCCCUCUGCCAUCCUGCCCUCACCAGCCCGUUCCGCCGAAGGAAUGGACAGCUCCCCAAAGCUUUCGGGGGACACCCUGAUCGUGCACCACAUCCCCCUGGUGCACUGCCAGGUAUCGGGCCGUCAGUGCUGCGGGUCGGCCAAGCACGCCUCCCCCUUCUGCACCCCGGACAACCUGGGCCUGACGCGCACCACCUCGCUGCCGGAGCGGGACGUGAUUCCCCGGGAGGCGCUGGUCUACAGCAGCCUCAUCCAGACUUCCAGCAGCAGCAGCUCCAGCGGCGGUGUGGGGGACGGCGGGGGGAUGGAGGCCGGAGGCCGCAGGGGAGGCAGCGUGGUCAGCGACUCCUCUUCCUUCACCUCCUCCAACAACUCGGAGGACCCGCCUCUCCUGCCCCUGCGAGCCAAGGCCCGGGACAAGGGCAACCCGCUGCGGCACAACCCCUUCCUCCUCAACACCGAGGACGAUGAGGAGGAGUACGACGAGGACGACGAAGGAGACAACCUCAACGGCUACCUGGAGGACUCCUCCUUCCAUCUGCACGGCAACUCCAACGGUGCCGUGGACAACGGGACGGGGGUGUCGCCCUUCCGCCUGCACGAAGCGGGGUACCCCUCCGAGCCCUUCCUGAUGAGCGGGCGCCGGUCCUGGAGUGCCAUUGGGGGCCUGGUGGGGGGACAGGAGGCUGCCCUGGAGGGAGCCCGAAUCGGGGCCCUGAAGGCCGGCUCCAGGCUGGAAGGCAUGGACCUGCUGGGGCUGCAGCGCCAGUGUCGCUAUGGUAGCAGCGGCUCCACCCUGUCCAUGGACUGUGGGGAGCAGGAGUGGGGCGAGGAAGAGGACGAGGAGGAGGAGGAGGAAGAAGAGGAGGAUGACGAGGUCCCCCAGGGGGGCAGCCAGCGCAGUCAGACGUGCAGCUGCGACUUCGUCCCUCCAGCUUCCUCGCGCCGCCGCUGCUGCUGCUGCAGCCUCCCCGAGCCCUUCCCGGACGCCUUCCCCGAGGGCCCCGCCGGCUACGCCAGCGACUCGUCCUGCAACAGCUCCGACGGCGUGCUGGUGAACUUCAGCGCCAUCUACAACAAGAUGAACAAUGGCGUCCCCGCCAAGCCUCCCAACCUCAACAGCUCCGCCGAGCAGUCCUGCCCCUCCUCCUCCCCCGAGCCGGGGGGCGCCUUCUACCUGGACCUGCACGUCUCGCCCAAUGACCUCCGGCCCAUCGCCGGGCCGUCUCCCCGAGAGAGCGCCCCCUGCCCCUCGUCCUGCCCCUGCCAGACCCCCGAGGCACUGGACGCCAACUGCAACUCGUACCACCUGCCCUGCGAAGUGUCGGAGCUCAGCGCCUGCAUGCAGAGCCAGGCCCGACUGGCCACUGCCACGCAGAACUACUACAAGCUGGUGACCUGCGACCUCUCGUCCCAGUCCUCACCCAGCCCCCCCGGCUCCUCCAUCGGGAGCUGCUCAGAAGAGCAGGACCGGGCGAGCAGCCCCACCCAGGCCAGCGAGUACUACCUUUUCAGACGGCCCAAGGACCAGGAGGGGGAGGAGGCCUUCCAUCACCAAGAGGACCUGUGCCAGCGGGACCAGGAGGAUGGAGAGGGGGGUCAGAAAGGAGGCUCGGACCCCUCCCAGAACGGCAUCGUGGGGCAGCUGCGCGUCAGCGUGUCGCCCCUGCCGAGCGUCAGGGACGGACGCGAUGUGGGCGGGGCCGCGGGCCGCCUCCGCUCCCGCAGCUACGACCGCACCCUGGACCGGCCCCUGUCCCCCACCCUCUGCCUGGGCUCCCUGGAGAGGAUGCUGAGCUGCCCCGCCCAACUGAGCCACGGCCCCGCCCACUCCCCGCCCCCGGCCCCGCCCCGCGUCACCUCCUUCGCCGAGAUCGCCCGGAGCAAGCGGCGGAACGGCUCCCCCUGCCUGCGGGCCAGUACGGAGGCCACGCCCGCCUCCUGCCACUCCCAGUGCUCCCUGGAGCACACCCCAGGCCCGGAGCUGCCCCACCUGGGGCAGAGCCACAGCCUGCCCCCCAUGCCCUUCUGCUACAGCCAGGACGGGGCGUCGGGAGAGUCCCCGGGGCGGGAGCUACGCACCAGAGCGGAAGGUGGUUCGUGCUCCUCAGGCGAUGUGGUGCGGUACAGUAAGGACCAGCGGCCCACCACCCUCCCCAUCCUGCCGUUCACCCUGCAGCAGCAGGUGGGGAAGGCCCAGAGCAGAGCUCUGCCGCUGCGGCCGCUGCUGAGCGAGUACGUCAGCCAGAUGUACAGCCGGCCCACGGGCCACCCGGCCCCCGACUCCUCCCGCCCCUCUCCGCUGGGCAGCUACUCGCCCGUCCGGCUGCAGGGCGCUCCCAGCUCGGGCACCUGCUCCACCUGCACCCCUCCCAGCCCACCCGGGCCCCAGCCCCCCCGUAGUCUCUCCUGCCCCCUGCAGGCCGGCCUGCUCCCCUUGCGGACCGCGCCCAGCCCCGCCCUCGCCCUCGGCCCCGCCCUCGCCCCCAGCCCCGGCCCCGCCCCCGCGCCCCGCCCCAAGCAGGCCCGCGCACCUCGCACCCCGCCCCCCGCCCCCCUGAAGAAGGAGCUCCCGCCCGUCUCCGCCCAGUGCGUGCAGCGCAAGCCCCUGCCCAGCCUGCUGGCUCAGCCCGCCACCCACGGGAGCCCCCUGGAGCCCACCGCCGCGGCCAGCUGCUCGCCGCUCAGGGGCCUCAACGCAACGUCUCUUGCCCUGCUCCUCGUGUCUCAUUCUGUGCACCUCUCCGCAGCACACCACCUCUCCCCCCAAGCGCUGAAGUGGCGGGAGUACCGGCAGAGGAACCCGCUGGGCUUAGACAGGACCCCGCUCCCCGGCAGCCUGGACAUGAGGAGGGCCUCCGAGAGCAGGCUCUCCCGCCCCAACGUGUUCGACUUCCCGGUGUCUGCCAGUCACGCUCACGCCCGGCCCCAUGGCUCCAGUGUGAAGGCCACGCAGCAUUACUACAGCGACUUCUUCUCCGACCACUUCUCCCUGACCGAAAAACCGCCAGAGGAGUUCUGCCUCUCCCCUGACGCCACCUCCGAGUCCAUCUCCAUCAACCUGCUGCAGAAGAGAGGUCUGGUGAAAGCCGUCAACUCCUCGGUGGAUCUGAUCGUGGCUCAUUUUGGCACCAGCCGGGACCCUGGAGUGAAGGCUAAACUCGGCAACAGCUCCAUCAGUCCCAAUGUGGGGCACCUUAUCCUGAAGUACCUGUGUCCUGCAAUCCGGGACAUCCUGCAGGAUGGCCUGAGGCCCUACGUGCUGGACCUGAUCAUCGGACAGCGCCGGAACCAGCCCUGGAGUGUGGUGGAGGCCUCGACACAGCUGGGCCCGUCCACACGGGUGCUCCACAGCCUCCUGUCCAAGGUGAGCCAGUACUCUGAGCUCACCAGCCACAGCAUGAGACUCAACGCCUUCAUCUUUGGCCUGCUCAACUUACGGUCAUUAGAAUUCUGGUUCAAUCACCUGAACACUCAUGAAGACAUCAUAGCGGCGCACUACCAGCCCUGGGCCUUCCUGUCUCUGUCCCAGGGCGUGUGCCAGCCCCUCCUGGAGGAGCUGCUCCUGCUCCUGCAGCCCCUGUCCCUGCUGCCCUUUGACCUGGACCUCCUCUUCCAGCCCCACCUCCUGCAGAAGGGCCAAGACCACCUCCGGCGCAAGGAGCAGCUGUGCUCGGCCGGGCAGGGCCUGGAACAUUCCGUCCGCUCCACCUUCCAGCUGAUGAGAGGCUGGGGCCAGCCGGGGGCGGAGCCCAAAAGAGACGGGGCGGAGUGCAGGGUGCAGGGGGCGGGGUCCGAGAGGGAGAAGGCGGAACCGAGGAGAGAGGGGACGCGGCCUAGGACGGGCGGGGCGGAGCCUAGGGUGGAGGGAGCGGAAUUGAAGAGAGGGAGGGGGGAAUCGAGGAAGGAGGGUGAGGUGUGGCCUAGGAGAGAAGAGGCGGAGUCGAGGGGAGAUGGGAUGGAUCGGCAGAGGGAAAAGGCGGGGUUGAGGAAAGAGAGGGCGCAGAGGGAGGGCGAGAGUAGGUCGAUGGAGAUGGAGUUCCGGAGAGACUGUGGGGGUGGCAGGAGCACGCAGAGGGCGAAGGGGGUCGGGGGAGAGUCUGGGCAGGAGCCGGAGGAGGCCGAGAGGAGGAAGGAGAACGGGCCACGGCGGAGGGACAGGCAGGCGGGCUGGUGGUACCAGCUCAUGCAGAGCUCCCAGGUGUACAUCGACGGCUCCACCCAGGGGUCAAAGUUCGUCAAGUGGGAGAGGAGGAAGAGGCCUACGGGCGAGUCGCCCGGAGCCGGCCGCAGACCCACCUGUCCCCCUCCGAGGGAGGGCGUGGUGGAGGGGGCAGAGGCCAGCCUGGCGGGGGAGGGGUUAAAGACGGGGGCGACAGAACCCAGGAGUGGCGCCAAAGGGAAGCCCAAGCCCUCGUGGAUGGGCAGCCCGCCCGAGUCGGUGCUGGCCGAACUGAAGAGGAGCAGAGAGAAGGAGACAGAGACGGAGGGAGAGCCAGGGGAGGCACAGGCGGAGUCCACACAGAGCAUGCGCUGGGGCAGGCUGUUUGGAGCCAGAGUGGGCCCGUCCACCCAAUCCCAGGCCAGGCUCCCCUCUGGCUGGCUGAGUUUGGACAGAUCAGUGCUGGACUUUGUGGCAGAAACGGUGGGGGCGGGGAGACGCCCGCUCCUCACUCCGCCCACGCAGAACCAGGCUCCUCCCCCAGCUGAGCAACCACAAGCACGUGCCGCCCAGCAACAAGUGCCACGGAUGGUGCGGGCUCUGUGUCACCACGUUGCCACCCACCCGGGGCACUUGACCUUCAGCCGGGGGGACGUUCUGCAGGUGGUGAGCCGCGCCCAGCCGGACUGGCUCCUCUGCUCCAGGGCGGGCAUGGAGGGCCUGGUGCCCAUCAUCUACGUCACCCUGAACGAGGAGCCCCUGGGGCCCCCGCCGGGGCCACACUGAUCCCAGCACACUGGCUACAAGAAACCGCUAAGAAAUAACAUGCCCUGUAGGUAGAUGGUGCCCUUAAACCCUGACCCCAGGUCAGUUACGGCUUUUUUUUGCACAGAAUCUGUGGGGUUUGGAUUAGGGAUGUGGCAGCUGACCCUGGAUCAGGAGUUGAGGACACAGUCUACUUGGAGUGAAAACACACACACACAUGCACAUGCAAACACAUACACACACAGACGCACAGAAACACACAGACACACACACAAAGUAGUCAUUCACAAAGGUACAGAUGAAAAACACAGCUUUAUAACAGUACAACAGGCUCUGAUUUAAGCUGGUCAUGAAUUGGAAAGUAUCCCAUCUGGUCAUCAGUCUGUCUGUGAUGUUGUUGGCACAUUGCGAACAGCAGCCUGAGGGAGAAUCGUAAGGCUAAACACCAAGACGGAUUAAUGAUGCGUUGAAAGGUCUGUCAGGCCUUUUGAAAGAGCCAUAAAAACAUGACCUUUGGUGUCAGUUGAACUGGACAUCCAGUUCUUUUUCAAAGAAAGCACAAGAAAGCAGGUUAGCUAUUUUUGGAUGAUGGCUAAGCAGCUGAGGACUGGUAGAUUCAUGGAGGUUGCAAAAAAUUUAUCUUUUCCUUUGAAUUGGCUUUUGAGAUACCGGUUUACAUUUCAAAAUUAAUUUCAAAGCUCAGUACAUUAUCCCUUCAAGGACUCUAGAUUGGUUAUUUUUGUUAGGAAUUAAUAUUUCUAUUUGAUAAACCGAAGGCCAGGACCCUUCAGAGUAUUUUACGCAAGUUUUCAAGAAUUUUUCAGUGGUAUCCAAAAGGAAUAGAAGUGAUUGUGAGAAACAGAUAACACCUGAUGGGGCAUAUGCCAGGGACAAACUGUUGAACCAACAGUUCUGUGCUCUUUGAAUGGACCAACCAAACUGUCUUCACUAACACUUACUGCACCCAAACGCUCUGUGGCAAAACGUGUGGUACACUACAGGUUUGGAGCGAUACCCGCUCACAGAAAGAGCAUGUCAGAGGCCGGUUUUUCUGGGGACAGCCCACAACACCAGACUCUCUGAAUGGGCUGCCUUUCAACCAAACCAAACACUGCUCAACUGAAUUCGCCUCGGAAGUUCCAGAGACUUCAGUCAAACAAGCGAUGGGUGGCGGUGGGUGGGUCACCUGCAUGGAUCCCACAGAUCCCCAGGUUUAAUCCUGAAGACUUUGUGGUGGACCAGGCCAUAUGUCCAAGGAAUCUAAUUCCCUUCCACCAAAAACAAGCUAUAUGAUAACCUAUGUGUAUACAUGAAAAUGGAUGUGUUGCAAUACUUUAAUUUAUUGGUGAUGCUGUUAUUUAUUCUGUGGUAGUGAGUAUAGACGCAUAGCGAGGAGCAGUGCUGUGUUGGACGUCAAAUGAGAGACAGGGGGCUUGAGACUGUCUCUAGAACAGGGGUGAGAGUGGACCAGAAUGACUGGUGUGUUGUACACGCAACCUGAGUUUUGGUCUCCUGGGGCUGCUUUUUUGGGGGACUUUUGAAGUUCUUGCGCCCCUUGGAGGCCGUGGAGAGAAGUCCAUAAAAAGGGAUGAGGGAUCAAGUUAUUUGAACAGGUUCCAAAGAAUCUCAGAUGCCAAAAGCCUAACUAGACAUUUUGGAUUGGAACACAGCCUUAAAAUUGAACUUAUAUGGCAUAUUUAUGGCACAUUUCUGUAAAGCAAGGCAUUGGUUAGACAAGCUAGAUGGUUGGGGAAAAAGUGAUCAUGAUGAUUUAGCUGAAUUGUUUUGACUGUAAGUCAAAUAGUAUAAUGUACAUUAUCCUUUUCAGUGAUCUGCAGUGUACAACAAUAGAAGUGCAUAUGCUCUACUGUACCAUUGAUUUUUCAAAUGGGUAAACUGAGCUUUAAUUUUUCAAAUGAGUUGACAGUAAACUUGUCUACUUGAUUUUUUUUAUUAUUUAUGUAGCACUUUUAUUUGUAACACACAGUACUACAAUCCGUUGUGCAAUUAUAUAUGUAUCUAUUUUAAUCUGUAAAAAUAAUUAUUUCAUAAUUAUUCAAUAUUGUAAAUAUUUUGUUCAUUCAAUAUCAAUGAUAAAAGGUUUUUCCAGUCAGCAUGAGUUCCUUUGCAUAGUUUUUAACAAAAAGGUCAAAAAUACGGUUGAUAUUAUUCAGAAGAGCAUAUAGUGUUAGGAUUGGCAAAUCAGUGUUUUAAUUUUUUCAUCUGGAAUUGAGAGUGUGAGAAGUAUGUGGAUUGAUUUUUCUGGGAAAUAUGAAUGGAUUUCAACAGCUUGAACCGCGACACGUGAUCAGAAUUUUCCACAGGCUGAAUACCCUGUCAGUCUUCCAGGCUCUGUUCGCCCAUCCUUUCCAUCCUCAGCAGAAGUGACAGGCAGCAUCAAUUUCACUAGCAGCAGAGGACUAGUCAAGUAGUGGGAGAAAGAGAGUGAUGGUGUCUUUCUGUGAGGAGACAGAAUAAGCUUUGAGCUGCUCGCAUAUCGACUGGUUCCUUAAAUCGCUUGAUGUUUGAGCUUUGGGCUUAACUCGUCCGUCUUCAGAGGAAUGGCAGAGACCGGCAUCUUUUGUUUAUUUUUAAAAUAAAGGUUUCCUCAAUUUUACUCAUCUGUUUGUAUUAAACUGCUACUUCUGCUUGUACAUUCUGCAAGUGCCACAAAUGUAUUUAUUUUCUUCAUGCUUUAAAAUAUGUAUGACAUUAUCAAGGUACAGUAAUAUGGAUAUUAAAAACCAAGUGCUCAUGUGAACACAACCUAAACAA